AUGCCCCGCCAAUCGGGUCGUUGCACGGGCGAUAUCGAUGAUCUAGACCCGAUGAAGCAUGCCUAUGCGAGGGGUGAUGACCCGAUGAUCUUCAGGGAUCAUGCCAAGCGAUAG